GGCCUGUGACGUAGAGCCAUGCAGCCAUACCAAAGUGCCCCUCAUUCCCUAGGUCCCCAACUGCCAUUAUCUGGUUGUGCCAUCUAAUGGCUGCUGCCUCCACCAUGGUGGGACCUUCCUCUGAGACGCCAUCUGAGGAACAGUUGAUUACCCAGGAGCCCAAAGAGGCCAACUCCACGACGGCCCAGAAGCAGAGCAAGCAGAGGAAGCGAAGGUGCCGUGGGCCCCGCAGGUGCCAUGCCAACUGUCGUGGGGACAGCUUCGCCACCUAUUUCAGCCGGGUGCUGAAGCCGGUUCACCAGGGCCUCAGCCUUUCCCAGGAGGCCGUGAGUGUCAUGGAUUCUAUGGUUCCUAACAUACUGGACCGCAUCGGCACCAAGGCUGGUCGCCUCGCCCGUUACACCAAGCGCAUGACCAUCACCUCCCGGGACAUCCAGAUGGCCGUGCGCCUGCUGCUGCCGGGGAAGAUGGGCAAGUUCGCUGAGUCUCAGGGCACGAAUGCCGCCCUCAGAACUUCAUUAUGUGCGAUAUGGCAACAGAGAAAGUGAAUAUGCUGAUAUAAGAAGCAAGAUAACCCUCCUAAACGUGUUCAGCAUCUCUCUCAUCAUGAAUCCAUGUAAAUAAGCAAAUGAGGCCCAGUUACAGUGUACAAAUAUCUAAAUAAAAUUUUCAAGAAUCC